AUGAAAGUGGUGGCAAGGACGCCUCUCACGUUCACCAGGAGGACACUUGCAACCAAAGCCAUGAAGUGGAGGAAGGCAGGGAGGUGUUUAGGUAUUGGUCCGAUACGUCCCCAUGACAGCCAAGAGAAAGGGCUUUUACUCGGGGACUUGAUUACGCAACCCAGCGGUAUCAUUCAGAGAGCGAAAUAA